ACGAAGAUAUGUGCGUGGUAGACAAGGAGAGCAACAGCGAGCGACAAGGACAGAGAUAUGUGUGUGGUAGACAAGGAGAGCCUCAGCGUGAGACGAGGACAAAGAAAUGUGCGUGGUAGACAAGGAGAGCAACAGCGAGCGACAAGGACAGAUAUAUGUGCGUGGUAGACAAGGAGAGCAUCAGCAUGCGACAACGCGCGGUAAACAAGGAGAGCAACAGUAGCAGACAAGGACAAGCAUAUACAAAUUGGUUUAGAAAUGUUUCUUCCAAAGCCUCAUAUGUUCACGCUGCUCAGCAAUCACAGUUCCAUGUACAAGCAAUCAUAUUAAACUCCAUCGGAGGUACUGCGAUUCAAGAAUACAUUGUUCAAAUUGGCAAACUUAUUGGCCUGUGGAACAUCAGAUUUAUAUCUAGAAUUUCUCAAGGCUUAGAGUUUGCUUAUAUUGGAAUAGUAAGCACAAAGCUGACAGGAUAACUGACAAUUAUACAAAAGUAAAGAUCAAAUCUUACUAUAUGAAAAUUCAACCACUCAUUUUUAAAUCCAAACGAUUAAUACUGUCCAAUGUAUGACUUAUAAUUAUGCACUGAAUCAUUUUUAAAGAGUUUGCUGACACAAUAUGAGACCCAUCUCCCAAAUCAUCUUCAUUGGGGCAGGAUAAAUAAUUCAGGAUACGCACACAUCCUGAGCUUUCAUUGUUAGAUGUCAAAUCCAAAUCCAAAGACAUUCUAAACAUAGCUAAAUCCAUCCAAAUAAAUUAAGAUAAUACAUCUUAUUGGAUAUAUCUCUCAGAAGAAAAGUAGCUUGCUUGUAAUGCAGGAAAUAGGGUCAUAUGGCUAAAUUCUGCAAAAACUUUGAUCUUCAGCCACUGCACAACUCUAGCUCAUGUUAGAACAAAGUUAUGAUCCAGUUGGAUAAGGUGAACAGCCAAAAUCUUUUCCUGAGUUAUCUUCAUUUCAGAUUUUUGCUAUAUCAUUAUCUCAGAUACAUAAACUGCAAGCUGAAAAUAUCAGAAUCUGUGCUCUUGCCACCAUCAAGAGAUAGCUUAUUGACUUCAGGUCUGCUAACAACUUUUCUUUGAAUGCUGUAAAAGAUAAUAGUAGACAUAAAGCAGUUGUUUCUACCAAAGACACCAAGAAACGCGAAAUAGUUAAUAGUGCAGAGAUUUCCUUAGAAGAAAUCUCCUUACUACUGCUGUCUGUCAAGGAUUAAAUCUAGGAUCCUACACAGAAUCACUCAGUGAAUUUUCAAAGUUGCCUAGAGUCCCUAUUAGAUACGUGCAAUAAUCCCAAAAUCCUAGAAGCACACAAGGAACAUACCAACUCUAAUAAAGAUGAAUUUCUUUUUUUUUACAGAACUUAAGAUAAAAAUCUUCAUCAGAAGAAGUGUUUGAACAUCUCAACAAUUCUUAUUCAGAAGAUGUGACGAUUCUCUCUUCUAGAAGAAGACAUGCAAAUUGAAUUGAAUUGCAAUUGAAUAGUUAAAUAUAUACUAAAUUUUUUAUCACAGUUUUCAUUUGUGAAGGAAUGUAACGAUUCACCACCAACACCACGUUCAUUUCAGUGAAUAAUUCUCGAAAUAAAUCUGAUAACAUUAUCUAUACUUUUUGAUUUUCGCGGUACAAUACUUACCUAAAUCGGUACGACAGG